GGCGGUGUCAGGCUCUCGGUGGCGGCGGAGGCGGCGGAGGCCAGGGAGGAAGAUGUCGUAAUGAGCGGAAUGCUGCCCUAGCCUUCCUUCACUCCCAGAGACUCAGAGCACCAGCAUCCACCAGGGGGCGCUCCGGACCCAGCCUAAACAGCCCUGAACUAGACCUCCUCCUGUCCAGGAGUCUCCCAGUUCUCCCAGUCUUAGGUGGCUGUGGAGACAAUGUGGCGAAGGCAGAUCUGGCCUGAACAGUUCCACAGAUGAGCAUGGCUGCCACCGCUGCUGUCAGUCCCAGUGACUACCUGCAGCCUGCUGCCGCUACUACCCAGGACUCCCAGCCGUCUCCCUUGGCCCUGCUUGCUGCGACUUGUAGCAAAAUUGGUCCCCCAGCUGUUGAAGCUGCAGUGACGCCUCCUGCUCCCCCCCAGCCCACCCCACGGAAACUGGUCCCUAUCAAACCUGCCCCUCUCCCGCUCAGUCCUGGCAAGAAUAGCUUUGGCAUCUUGUCAUCUAAAGGAAAUAUACUUCAGAUUCAAGGCUCCCAGCUGAGUGCCUCCUAUCCAGGAGGGCAGUUGGUGUUUGCUAUCCAGAACCCCACCGUGAUCAACAAGGGGAGCCGAUCAAAUGCCAGUAUCCAGUACCAAGUCCCUCAGAUUCAAGGGAGCAGUUCCCAGGCCAUCCAGGUGCAGCCCAAUCUCACCAGCCAGAUCCAGAUCAUCCCAGGCACCAACCAAGCCAUCAUCACCCCUUCCCCAUCUGGCAACAAGCCCGUCCCCAUCAAGCCAGCCCCUGUGCAGAAGUUCAGCAUGACAACCACGCCCGUGCAGAGUGGGGCCAACGUGGUGAAGCUGUCAGGCGGGAGCGGCAACAUGACGCUCACGCUGCCGCUCAGCAACCUGGUGAACACCAGUGACGUCGGGGCCCCCGCUCAGCUCCUCACCGAGAGCCCCCCCACCCCAGUGUCUAAGACUAACAAAAAAGCCAGGAAGAAGAGCCUUCCCGUCUCGCAGCCAUCGGUAGCCGUGGCGGAGCAGGUGGAGACAGUGCUGAUAGAGACCACGGCCGACAACAUCAUCCAGGCGGGAAACAACCUGCUGAUUGUCCAGAGCCCUGGUGGGGGCCAGCCAGCUGUGGUCCAGCAAGUCCAGGUGGUGCCACCCAAGGCCGAGCAGCAGCAGGUGGUGCAGAUUCCCCAGCAGGCACUGCGGGUGGUACAGGCCGCCUCUGCCACCCUCCCCACCGUUCCCCAGAAGCCUUCCCAGAACUUUCAGAUCCAGACAACCGAACCAACACCAACCCAGGUCUACAUCCGUACACCUUCUGGUGAGGUACAGACAGUCCUCGUCCAGGACAGCCCCCCAGCCACAGCCUCGGCCACCUCGACCACCACCUGUAACAGCCCUGCGCUCCGAGCUCCCCACCUGAGUAGCACCAGCAAAAAGCAUUCAGCUGCCAUCCUCCGAAAAGAGCGGCCCCUGCCAAAGAUCGCGCCUGCUGGGAGCAUCAUCAGCCUGAAUGCCGCACAGCUGGCAGCAGCUGCCCAGGCCAUGCAGACCAUCAACAUCAAUGGUGUCCAAGUCCAGGGUGUGCCUGUCACCAUCACCAACACUGGCGGGCAGCAGCAGCUGACAGUGCAGAACGUUUCUGGAAACAACCUGACUAUCAGUGGGCUGAGCCCCACCCAGAUCCAGCUGCAGAUGGAGCAGGCCCUAGCGGGGGAGGCCCAGCCUGGGGAGAAGCGGAGGCGAAUGGCCUGCACGUGUCCCAACUGCAAGGACGGGGAGAAGAGGUCAGGGGAGCAGGGCAAGAAGAAGCACGUGUGCCACAUCCCGGACUGCGGAAAGACUUUCCGGAAGACAUCCUUGCUUCGGGCCCACGUCCGCCUGCACACCGGCGAGCGACCUUUUGUCUGCAACUGGUUCUUCUGUGGAAAGAGGUUCACCCGGAGCGAUGAACUCCAGCGGCAUGCCCGAACCCACACAGGGGACAAGCGCUUUGAGUGUGCCCAGUGUCAGAAGCGCUUCAUGAGGAGCGACCACCUCACCAAGCAUUACAAGACCCACCUAGUCACAAAGAACUUGUAAGGCCAACUGAGGCAGGAGGCCGUGAAGGUGGAACCCCCCCCCCAUCUGAUUGGCCUGGGUCCAUGGUGGACAGGAGCCCACACUGCCCUGGGCUGCCCUCACCCGACUCCUGUUCUGUGGCUGUGUUUCCACAGGGAGGGGCUCUACCCCCAUGCUCUCCUCCUCCCCAAGGCCCUCCCCUUCUCACCAUGAGCUCCUGGCCUGCCCAGGCUAUGGACACUGGCCAUGCCCAAUGAGACGUUCUAAACCAGGACGCAUGGGGACCCUUAUUUCCAAAGGAAAAACAUGCAUUUCACUCCGUCCAGGAGCAAAGUGAGCCCUGCCCCACCCACCCCCUGCCCCGACACUGCCGGAGUCCCAUUGCGCCAUGCCCUCCCCCAUCCUGUGCCUCCUCGUCCCCUCAAUUGCCCCCUCCCCUGGCCACCAGGGACCCCCCUGGGCCCUGUCCGCAGCCUCCCACGGAUGCCCGCCUCUGUGGAGGGCUGGGAGGCUGCCUCCACUCCACUGCCCGGCCCUGCCACGGCUCUCCAGACAUUCCAAGUUCCCAUUCGAAAGGUCAGAUGCCGGCGGACUCCCCCCACUCCGUCUUUUCCACGGAGAACGGUUGCCUUAUACUCACACUUCAGAUGAUGAACACUGUGUACGUGCUUUAAAGACAUUUUAUUUCAUUGCUCCCUGCCUUUCCUCGCUCUGGUUGUCUCCCCACACCCCCUCGCCUGCGUUCAGUUUAGAGUCUGGGGAGCAAUGCUCAGCAUAGGAGGGUUUUGCUUUUUUUUUCCCCCUCUCACUUUUAACAAUUCUUUCUUUUCUAAGUGACACAACAUUUCAACUCAGCUCUGGACUCACACGAAAACGCCUUCCAUUCUGACCCUCUCCACACCCUCACCCCAUCACCCCACCUGCCCAAGCUCUACUGUGUACAGUGUAUAUUGUAUAAUAGACGAUUGUGUCUACGACAUGUUUUAAAAAAAAAAAUAUUGCUUGUUAUUUUUGAGGCUUUUAAAUUAAACAAAAAUCCAACUUUAUUUUUUGUUGUAACUGCUUGAGGAUGUUUUAUUAAUUAAGUGACAGAUUUGUUACCCUUUAUUAACGAUGUAUUUGUUGGUCAGUACUGGGCUGACAAAAAUUUUUCUUGCUAAUAAAUUUAGUUGCCUGAGGCAAAGUCUUCUCUUGGCAG